AUGCGAAUCGAUCAAGAAGCGUUCUUCAAUUUGCCAUACCUUUUACAUAUUGGCUUAGAUAUAUACAAUAGAAAUCAGGGUGCUUGUGCCGGGAAUCUGAUUCGUAGGUCCCCGGUUCGAAUCCCAGCCAUGAGGCGAACAAUGAGAGAGCAAAGACUAGGAACACUGCCGAAAAUGGAACGCAUGCAAUUGUUACCUGUUCAAUUGAUAAAUAAAAACAGUGCAAGUCUAAAGCAAAUCUAA